AUGGCUCGAUUCCCUCUACUUUCGGCGCUGAUUUGUAUUUUGGCGUCAGCACUCCACGUUUCUGCUGCUAUUAGCAACUACACCGCAAUUUGCAAUGAGAUAAAGGACAGAGUCUCGCAGCAGAGCGAUGUGACCUACCCCAUCCAAGGUGUGACCUUUUCCGACAGGAUCCAUCACUGGUUCGACUCCUCGACCGAAAUUCCAGCCUGUGUUGCUGAAGUGGGUUCGGUCGAGGACGUAUCGCUGGUCCUGCAGAUUGUGGGCGCCUCUCGUACUCCUUUCGCCGUCUAUUCGGGAGGGCACGCCUCGAAUGUGGGAUUCUCCAGCACCAAAGGCGUCCAUAUCACUCUGAGACGCUUUAAUCAGACCCAGCUUUCCGAAGACAAAACAACCGUCACGAUCGGUUUUGGUCAGACAUGGGUAGACGUGUUUGAAGCCCUAGCGGACAGCGGAGUGAACGUAGUCGGCGGCAGAGUUCCCGGGCCUGGAAUCGGCGGCUUCACUCUUGGUGGCGGAUAUUCCUGCGACACGGUCAAGACGUUCAACGUGGUGCUUCCGAAUGGGACAAUCACCACGGCCUCACGAGAGCACAAUAGCGACUUGUUCUUCGCUCUGAAGGGGGGAAUGAAUCGGUUCGGGAUAGUGACCUCGGCCGAAUUCUACACACACCCGCAGCCCCCGGAGGUCUGGGGCGGCCUUCGGAUAUAUCACGCCAGCCAGGUUCCAGCGCUGCUCAACGCAACCGAGCGCUUUGCCUCUGAGAACCGGGACCCCAGGGCGAGUGUCCUCACGUCAGUCGACGGAACGACAGCGGUCGGCCCCACCGCCCUGGGGCUCUUCUUUUAUGACGGGCCCGAGAAGCCCGAGAUUUUUAACCUGUUUGACGGCCUCUCCACUAUCAGUGACAGCACGGGCAGAAAGCCCUUCCUGGAUCUCAUCCGGGGUUUCCCCGCGGAGAUUGUCUACAACUCCCCGGGGCACUUUUGCCACGUUCUCGACGACUGGGAUCACAGGACGCUUCCUGGAGACAUCGCCGCCCUUCCUGAUCUCCUGCAUAACAUGGGGAAGAUCGCCGCCCUCCAUGGCGCCACCACAAUCAACUACGACGCUCAGCCGUUCCUCCAGUACGGCAGGCAUGCGACGCCGAGCGCCUUUCCACAUUCUGACUCUCUCUUUCCGUUCAACUUGUAUUUUGCGUGGCGGAACUCGAGCGAGGACGAAUUCUGGUAUGGCAAGAUCCACCAGACGCUAGAUACAUUGAAGCGGGUGGCCACGGAGGAGGGCAUCUACAGGGAGGACUUCCCGGACUAUCCGAAUUACGCGCUGUCCGGUACCAGUGCCGAAAAGCUGUAUGGGGAGACAAACGCCGGACGACUGCGCCAGAUCAGAGACCAGAUCGAUCCUGACCGAAUCAUGGACCUGGCAGGGGGCUUCGCGUUAUGA